UUUUUUUUUUUUUUACUUUCUCAUAUUUAAGUAUAUAAAGAACUCCUUUCAUUCUUAGUAUUGAAAUGUUUACCUCACUAGAACAUAGCACCUCUAGCAAUAAAUUUACCUACUUCCAUAGCUACUACUACUGUACGAAUAGGGGAGUGAGUCUUGGCCAAUAAAAAUCAUAGAGAACAUUACGUUGGCAUUCCGCAGCCAAAUCAUGGUCUCAAGACGAAAGGUUCGACUUUUUCUUCUGUUCCUAUAAUUUCUCCUUGACUUGUGAAACUCAACAUUCAUAUUUGUUCCCGUCCCCGACGGAAUUCCUGUAAAGGGUGGGGAUCCUGCAAUUUCCUUGCUGACUAGAGGGUGAUUUCUUCUUCCUGAAAGUGUCUCUCCCCCUUGUCUCAUUGCUGUGGCCUCCAUCGCCGCUCCCGCUGUCAUCCUGUACUAAGUUGGGUCCUUCGGACGACAUACUUAGACAGCCCUGUUUCUGAUUGUCGGCUUAAUUUACGAAACCAUUUAAAUCAUCUCCGCCCUUUUCUUCUCCUUGUCAUUCGUUUAGUUCCGCGUGCUACAUCCCCCUUGCUUUGCGACCUGUCCGUUUUCGUAUAGAAGCCAAGUUCGCCCCUCAGCCUAGGCACCCAUCGUCAACAUCAACAGGGUUCCAAUUGUCCCGUGUCUGGCACGGUAGGGACAUCUUAUCACCAUGUCAUCGGGACCGGUGAGAUAUGUGCGAUAUCUUCUUUUCGCCGCUGUGGGUUUGGCGCUUUUCUUUUUCGUCUCCAGAAGCGCUCUUCCUAUUCCCGAAACCAUCGGGUCGAAGUUAAACCCGUCAAACUACAAAGACACUUCCACUUCCACUUCUUCAUCCUCAUCCUCUCAUGGCAAUGCAGCUACCUCGAAGGAACAUACCAACGGUGUUCCAGGGAACGGGAGCGCCCUUCAGGGUGAACGGGUCAAUGCUACUUUUGUGACUUUGGCACGCAAUUCCGAUGUCUGGGAUAUCGCGAAAUCGAUCCGGAGUGUCGAAGAUCGCUUCAAUCGCAACUACCAUUAUGAUUGGGUCUUCCUAAACGAUAAGGAAUUCGAUGACAACUUCAAAAAGAUCACUACGGCACUGGUUUCUGGCAACACCCAUUACGGCGUUAUUCCAAAGGAACACUGGUCGUAUCCUGAGUGGAUUGACCAAGACAAGGCGGCCAAGGUGCGCGAGGAUAUGGGCCAAAAGAAAAUCAUCUACGGUGAUUCCGAGAGCUACCGACACAUGUGCCGUUAUGAGUCUGGAUUCUUCUUCCGUCACCCGUUGAUGCUGAAUUACGAGUACUACUGGCGUGUGGAGCCCAGCAUUGAACUGUUCUGCGAUAUUAGCUUCGACCCGUUCCGAUUCAUGAAGGAAAACGACAAGAAGUAUAGCUUCGUUCUCAGUUUGUAUGAGUACUUCGACACCAUUCCCACUCUCUGGGAUAGUGUGAAAAAGUUCAUGAGCAACCACCCGGAACACAUAGCCAAAGGGAACUCCAUGGGAUUCUUGAGCGACGAUGGCGGAAAAACUUACAACAAGUGCCAUUUCUGGUCGAACUUUGAAAUCGGACAUCUAGAAUGGCUCAGAUCCAAAGAAUACCUUGAUUACUUCGAAUCCCUUGACCACGACGGCGGCUUCUUUUAUGAACGAUGGGGCGACGCUCCAGUGCACUCUAUUGCUGCUGGUCUGCUCCUGAAAAAGGAGCAGAUUCAUUUCUUCAAUGAAAUUGCCUACUACCAUAUUCCCUUCACACACUGUCCGACUGGUGAGCAGUUGAGGCUGGAUCUCAAGUGCCACUGCAACCCCAGCGAGAAUUUUGACUGGAAGGGCUAUUCCUGCACUUCCCGCUUCUUCCAUGUUAAUGAUAUGAAAAAGCCCGCGGGUUACGAGGAUGAAAGUUGACUAGCCGUCCUCGGGAAAGUCUUCCUCUCAAUUAUCAUCAUUGGUGGCAUUGUCCUUGCGAUCAGCAAAAGCGUUCGAGUGCGAGUGGUCCAUGGCGGACUAUAUCUACUUGAUCGAAUUGCCGCUGUUUGGACGGCCUAUCUCAGACGCUGAGUAGCACCAUACGAGAAGGUAGAAUCCUUCGCUAAAAUUGGAUCUAACUGUAGAUGCUGGACAUUGGCCUUGUGGGCCCUUCUUUGUUCUUUCCAUACGUUCGUGCGUCGUUCGCAUGUCUUAUUAGAGGGAUCUUUGUUCGUUUUCUUUCCUUGUUUCUAGGAAGUGAUUGUGCAUAUUCAUGGAGCGCUAAGGUUACAGCAGGGCAAUUAUCAUACUGUGUUUUGAGUUGAGGGGGAAAAGCAAUUAGCCCAUUCAAUAUCAAAUCCCAUCAUAAAUGUACAUAGCUAUUUAUAACGAUAACGACGAUAACAGUCCGUUCGACAGAACCAAGUAGAUAGUACAAUACAGGCAUUCUAGCAUCGCCUUCUCACCCAUCCACCUUGUCAGGGUAUCUCUCCUCUCCAAGCGCAAUUAAUUAAUCCCUCUUCGGCUUCUUAGUACCAUAUUUGGAUCUGCUUGUCAACCGGUUGGCAACACCACCCUAUAAAAGCCGUCAGCAACCACAUCACUCAACCAACCCAUCGACACUAAAGCGGAAAAUGGCGACUUACCAGAUCCAUAGCACCCCGAACC